AUUCUCCAACAUGGCCGCGCCCAGUAUUGCUGUGGACAGCAGCCAUCAACAUAAUUACAAACUCAGUAAAACUGAGAAGAAAUUCUUAAGGAAACAGAUUAAAGCCAGGCAUACCUUGCUGAGACAUGAAGGCAUUGAGACAGUCGCCUAUGCCACGCAGAACCUGGUUGUUGCCAAUGGUGGUUUAGGUAAUGGUGUGAGUAGGAGCCAGCUGCUCCCAGUUUUGGAGAAAUGUGGACCCCUGGAUGCUCUCUUGAUGCCACCUAACAAGCCUUACUCAUUUGCAAGAUACAAAACUACAGAAGAAUCCAAGAGAGCUUAUGUUACUCUCAAUGGAAGAGAAAUAGUGGACGAUUUAGGACAAAAGAUCAUUCUGUAUUUGAAUUUUGUGGAAAAAGUACAGUGGAAAGAGUUGGACCCUCAAGCCUUACCACCAGGCCUCAAGGUAAUCGAAGAAAUAAUUUCUUUUGAGGAGGAGAAACUGCUUUUGGAAAGUAUUGAUUGGACAGAAGAUACAGAUAAACAAAAUUUUCAGAAGUCCUUAAAACACAGAAGAGUACGGCAUUUUGGUUAUGAGUUUCUCUAUGAGAACAACAAUGUAGACAAAGAUAAACCAUUGCCCGGGGGUCUUCCUGACAUUUGUGAUAGCAUUCUGGAGAAAUGGUUGAAGGAAGGUUACAUUAGACAGAAGCCUGAUCAAGUGACCAUAAAUCAAUAUGAACCUGGACAUGGGAUUCCCGCUCACAUUGACACACAUUCUGCUUUUGAGGAUGAGAUCGUUUCUCUCAGUUUGGGGUCAGAGAUUGUCAUGGAUUUUAAACAUCCAGAUGGUGUCACAGUGCCAGUCAUGCUGCCUCGCCGUAGUUUGCUGGUGAUGACAGGAGAAUCGCGGUACCUUUGGACCCAUGGAAUCACACCCAGAAAAUUUGAUACUGUUCAGGCAUCUGUGGGUCACAGAAGUGGAAUUGUCACCAGUGAUGUUGGAGACUUAACUUUAAGUAAGAGAGGAAUACGGACAUCAUUUACAUUUAGGAAAGUCAGGCAAACACGUUGUAACUGUGGUUACCCCUUGGUCUGUGACAGCCAGAGGAAAGAGGCUCCUCCCUCAUUUCCAGAGAAUGAUGAAGAAGCCUCAGAGCUGGAGCGAGAGCACGUCCACCGGGUUUAUGAAGAGAUCGCCGGGCACUUCAGCCGCACCAGACAUGCCCCGUGGCCGCGCAUUGUGGAGUUCCUGAUGGCUUUGCCAAGUGGCUCCAUAGUGGCUGAUGUUGGAUGUGGGAAUGGAAAGUAUCUUGGCAUCAAUAAGGAAUUAUAUAUGAUUGGAUGUGAUCGUAGCCAAAACCUUGUGGAUAUUUGUAGAGAGAAGUGCUUUGAGGCCUUUGUCUGUGACGCGCUGGCGGUGCCGCUCCUCGGCGGGUCCUGUGACGCCUGCCUCUCCAUUGCUGUUAUUCACCACUUUGCAACCGUAGAACGUAGGGUGGCAGCUGUUCAAGAACUUGUUCGACUCCUGAGGCCUAAGGGGAAGGCACUCAUUUACGUCUGGGCAAUGGAACAAGAAUACAAUAAGCAGAAGUCCAAGUAUCUUAGAGAAAACAGGAUUAGCCAAGGAAAGAAAGAGGAGAUAAACAGUGAUGCCUCGAUGCCAGGGUUGCCUGUGGAGCAAAUGCCUGAUUUGGGCAGUCAAGACUCAGCAUCUUCUAUCCCCACCAUUAAUGGCUUUGAGGAAGGAGGAUGUAAUUCAGGGAAAGUUACAGACUCUAAGCUGCCUAUUCAUACUAACAGGACUUCUUUUCAUUCUCAAGAUGUGCUGGUUCCCUGGCACCUUAGAGGAAACUCUGACAAGGGUAAACCUGUUGAGACAUUUGAUCCAGCAGCAUCUCAUGACCGAGGUCCUGUCCUCCAUCGUUACUACCAUGUGUUUCGUGAAGGGGAGCUGGAGGCUGCCUGCCAGGCUUUGAGUAAUGUCCACAUUCUGCAAAGCUACUAUGAUCAGGGGAACUGGUGUGUGAUUCUGCAAAAGAUCUGAUUAUUUACAUGAACAUAUCAUACAGAGGAAAAAUGCUUCAGCUGCCUUUUUUUUUUUAAGAAUAAUUUAAUUAUCUCAUAAUUAAAGAGAAAACUAAUAUGUAGUUAUUUCUAGUUUGUCCCCAGUCCAGGUACCAUCGGAUUUUUUAUUUCGAAAUUCUAUACAAUACUGCAACCUGGCCUAGGUCAUGUUUCCAGGAGGAACAAAGGUAGAAUUGAAGUAUAGGUCGAAUUAAUCAUGCAGAAAGAAAAGACUAUUUUUUAAAGAAAAAAAUUUUGAACACUUUCCUCCCAGCAUGUACUGCUUUUGUAGUAGUAAUACUUAAGACUGUUUUAGAGAAAAAUUGCUUUCUGUGGAUUAUGUCUGCCUAGAUAAUUAUGGAUCUUAUUAUAUGUUAGUGAUAUUUAAUCUCCAAGCAUCAAGCUUUCAGAAACAUGUAGAUGAAAUGAUGACUAUUUUCGUUGUGGAAUUUCACUACAAGAUCCAGAUGUAUAAUUUCCUCUGGAUGAAUUUAUAAGGUUCAUGAUAUGGGGAGGAGAAUAUAGGCUAAAAAUAAUUUUAUUUGUGAUACAAAUUCUGGGACUUAACAUCAAAAUUUGUAAUUCAAGUCAUGCUAAUAGAUUUUAAAAUCCAUAUGAAAUAGAUGAUUUUCUAGGAAGAUAAAAAUACCAAAAUUAUUAGGGUACGUGUGAAUUUGUCUAA